AAAAAAAGGAGCAAAAGUACAAAACAAGCCUCAUUUGAUAAAAUCAACAAUUUCAGCUACCUUGAGUCCUCCACCUUGGAGUGGGACCCAUACAUCAACACACUCCCCGGACCGCCACGUAAUCACCUAGCCCCUUCCAGACCGUCCUUCAUUUUCUCCUCUCACACAGACUUAAAACGCGCCAUUUGCCUCUUCCCCCGUUCAAAAUCUCCCCCAAAACCCCUCUCUCUCUACUCUCUCUCCUCUCUCUCUCUAUCAAACCCUACCCAUUUCCAACGCACAACAUAAACAUCACCCACAUUGACAUACCAACAUACAUUUAUCAAAUACAAAAUAUGAUGCCUCACUCUUACGCCACCGAUACGCAGAGCAAGUCCACCGAGCUGGCCUCCGCCGUCGCCGCCGCGAUUUCUCCGGCUCAGAUCCUCUCCGCGUGCGCCGCCGUCGAGUCCUUCCUCAGAAAGCACAGCCCCGACCAGCAGCGGUGGUUCUUCUCCAUCACCUUCCCAACCCUAAUUUCCAGAAUCUUCGGCUUUGACGACUCCUCGCCUCCUUCUGCAGCUACCAAGGGCCGUCCGUCCAAUGGAUGGAUUGACAUCGCCGCCUCGGGAAAUGAUACGGAGCUCGCAGGUAGAAUAUUUAGCCUACUAUCACCAAAUGGAGUGCUAUUAUCUUCAAUUUCAGGAGUUGAUCGGCUUUCUCUAGUCAAUUAUGUUUUCCCUACUGAGCGGUUACCCGAAUGGGUUCGUUACAUGCUUCAAAGUGAGAAAGAUUGUCGGGUUUUGACAGACUUGUGCCCUUUGUUCAAGUACAGGAUUAAGGAAGAUUCAAUUAAGGGCACUUCUUAUCAAGUUCAAUUGAAUGUUUUUGAGUAUUACUUGUUCUGGUUUGCUUAUUACCCUGUUUGUAAAGGUAAUAGUGAGGGUUCGGAGACGGUGAAGGUUCAGAGGACCAAGAAGUUUAGGUUGGAGAACUGGUCCUAUUCAAUCCCUGGUCUUUCAAGUACUAAACGCGAAACAGAAAAGAAGACCGAGAGUAACUUGUACAUACGGCUACUGUAUGUAUAUCUUCAUUCCUUCGUGCCUGUCCAAGACUUGAAAGUGCAUCAGCCCUACCGUAGUUCCUUACUUCACUAUUCUCCUGGUUAUGAUAGUUCUGCAAUAGAGCGAGCAGAGUUUGUAGUGAACACAGUGAUCCAUUUUUGGCUGGUCGAUAAUGACUUUUCACCAUUGCCUGCGGGUUUGUGCAAGCCUUUUGGUGUAACUUUUCCUUUCAGGUCUGUUCUGGGAGAGACCCCACCUACAUCAGGAUUGGGUGAUCUUAUUAAUGUUUUCAUUAAGUAUCUGAGUAUGAGUUCACUGACAGCUAUGGAAGGGCCCAAUCAGAAUGAAUAUGUUGGGUCUCCUGGGUGGAGAGGUUCAGGUUCAUUUGUUCCAUCAAGAGAUGCUGCUUUGAGUAUACACACUAUCAGUUCUUGGAACUUGUUGAUUCAGAGGCCACUGUACAGAUUUAUUUUGAGAACUUUUCUGUUUUGUCCGGUGGAAACUUCCAUAAAAAAUGUGUCCCAAGCAUUUUCCGUCUGGGUCAAUUAUAUAGAACCUUGGUCAAUCAGUUUUGAAGAGUUUGCUGAUCUUAAUGAAACUUUGGGAAGUUCAGCAAACAAAGUUCCUAAUUCAUCUUCUCCUGGAUAUGCAUCCACUUGGGAGGGAUUUAUAUUGGAUAACUACCUAUUUUAUAGCUCCUUGGUCAUGCAUUUUAUUGGAUUUGCUCACAAGUUUCUCCAUUCAGACGCAGAAGUAAUAGUUCAGAUGGUUGCUAAGGUUAUGAACAUAUUAACAUCGUCUAAUGAGCUCAUGGAUCUCAUAAAGAAUGUGGACACUGCUUUCCAUUCAAAAGCCACUGAUUCCUCUAAAUCUUCUAAAUCAGUGCUUACUCCCUUGCACAGAUAUACUCCGACAAUCCGCCAACAGUUACAGGAUUGGGAGGAUGGUCUAUGUGAAAGUGAUGCAGAUGGAUCCUUUUUGCAUGAGAACUGGAACAGAGAUUUACGACUCUUUGCUGAUGGUGAAGAUGGUGGUCAACAGCUGCUUCAGCUGUUUUUAUUGCGUGCCGAGUCUGAGUUGCAAUCAAUCUCUGGAAACAAUCUCCAAUGUCUGGACUCUCUGAAAUCGCACUUGAGCCGAUUGUUCGGUGGUCCUAUUACAAAAUCCUCACCACCUCAGUCGAAGCAUAAUCAUCCCAUUCAACAUGAGCAAUCACGAGACGAAAUAUUCAAGCCUAGAAGCUUCCGGAACAAAAUAGGUGGCGCCGAGAUAAAAUACAAGGGUGACUGGAUGAAGAGGCCAUUCUCGAAUGACGAGAUUGCUUGGCUAGCCUCGUUUCUAGUCAAUAUAUCCGGUCGCCUGAACGAGAAACUGGGGUUGAACCAGGUUGACUGCAUUGACCAAAGAGGCUCCGAUUGGUCCUAUGUGGAAAUGAAAGGCAACGGCGUACGAAGUGUAAAUGGACCUAUGGAGACGCUCAAAGUGGUCUUUUGUUGUCUGCUUUCUUGGAUUAUGUGGUUUGGUGGGGCCGGCGUGCAACUUAUGAGGUCACAUGGUUUGAGGGUAAAUCUUCGAUUGUUAGCUUCGAAGAAGAUAGUUGUGAUGGUGCUCGUUUUUGCUGCAUUCAAUCUUUUGAAGAGAGCUCUUGCGCUGCAGAAUGGUUUAUACAUAUAGUAUCUCUCCAUACGACAAUGGAAGAAUGGAAUCGAACAUUGUGAAUAUACAUACACAAACAAAUGGAAGUUAGACUGUAUAGAAAACUUGGUUUCGCUGUGGUGGUUUUGUAAGUGCGAAAAUUUUGAUAUCAGUUUGCAUUUUGGUUUCUUGUGCUCGAUUUAUCGUAAUUUUGCAUCGAGAAACCCCGGAUGUCUAUGAAUUUCAGGAAUAUCCCUCUGAUUCAUUGAGAGCUUUUCGUGUUU